UACGCACGAAGAAGAAGAAAGUAAUUUAAUUUAAAAUAGUGCAAUUUGAAUUGUGUAGUUGAAUAGUUUAUUUUAAUAUUUACGCAGAUGGUAGACUUAGUUAAUCGCUUUGAUGUGUUCAAAAAGUUGGGCUUUGAUUGCGCCAAUCAAUGGAUUCUCUAUGAUGAUCGCUUCCAAAAGUUCUUCAAUUUUUUCACUGAUAAUAUCACCGAUGUUAACAUACUAUCUGAACAUGAAGUGUUGGAGUGGAACGAAUUAAAGGAAAGAGGUGAAUUGUUGGAAGCAUCUGAUCGCGCUGAAAAACUCAAGGAAUUAGGAAAUGACAAUCCUGGACUGCUACAAUAUACGGAAGACCAAAUAAUAAGUAUGACUAACGAGCUGCGAUUGCUAGAGCACACUGAGGACUGCUAUGCAACGCUUGUUGAGGAUAUGAGAUGUACCAAAAACAAAAUCAAUUCUGAACUAGGAGACUUGGAAAAUGAAAUUAGCAUAUUAGCAAAUAGAGACAUUGAACUUUUAAUAGAAUGUCAACGCAAAACGCGUCAACUUGAAGAAAUGCAGCGUGAAAAUACUAAACUUUCUAAUGAAGCUACGCACUGUUUCACCAAAUUCCAAUCUCCACCCUUGUUUAUACAUCAAUUGCCUAUAGAUCAGUAUUUACUCAAAUGCGAUACAUUCAUGCAAUAUUUUACUCUGUAUAUGAAGGAAAAUUUUAAAAUUCAGGAUUAUAACGAAUUUGAUAAUACCGCAGUCGAUCAUUCCGAAUUUUCGGACAAACUGCAGUCUUUGGCCAAAUCAAUGGAAUACUACACUAUUGAAUACAUUAAGGAGAAAGCUAAGGCAAAGGCCACACAGUCAUUGAUUGAUCUUCUAGACCUUUCACAAAUACAUAUAAUCAGCCUUGCUGAUAUGGAGCAUGAAACUCUUGAACUGGAAAUGAUGAACGAACACCUUUUAAAAAUAACAUACGAAACUCUACUAAAUGAUCUCACUUUGCAUGUACAACAGCACACUCAACAACGUAUGGAAUUGAUUCUUUAUGAAAAUACGAAAUUGAAAUUGGAACGUGCAUUAAAGCGCCAUGAGACCGAUAAGCGAUUGACCAAAAUUAUUUCAGAUGCAUUAUCCAAUGCUGAACUUGUGUGGAUUGCAAUACAAUUAGAUUUAGAACGUAAGCGUAAUCGCUUUGUUAAUACAGAUCAGAUAAGUAGCGAAACAGAAGCUUGCUUCAGACGCAUUAAAUUGAUGCGUUCUAUACAACACAACAAUAUGCCGCUUAUGGUGCAAGGAGGAGGAUUCACGAAUACCUCGGCCGCCUUAUUAUUGGAAGGAAUAGCAGAGCAGUUAUCGCUUCAUUUAGGUCAGAAGGUGCGCAGUGACGUAAAAUCCUGCCUGUAUGAAUUUGAGAAAUUCACUCGAUUAUUAUCAUAUGCCAUGCAAGGGCUGAUCGGUUCCAAAGCAUACACGCACGCUUUCUCACAAAUGAACGAAUUGGAACGCAUAGAACGGUUGCUGCGGCCAUUGGUGUACGACAGUCCGGUGGAAGCACCAAUGUUUGAACAUGUUCGUUUUUUAAUGCCGAUUUACAAUGCAAAAACCACCCAGGAACGCAUUGAGAAAACACUGCGAUAUUUGCGCACACAAUUUCAGGAAAACAUAACUGAGAGAAUUGAAAAAGACAAACUUUGGCGCUACAGUCAGCUGUUAUGGGUUUGGUUUUUAACAGAGCCUCGUCGCAUGGUAAUGGCCAUUGAAGAGGCGAAGAAAGCUGCGUCCAGAGUGCCAACGAUAGCUGGUAUGAAGUCAUUGAGCGGCAUUAAACGGAAGUGAGUAGGGGACUGGGUAACUGAAGAGUAAAUUUCGAAAAUUUAGCUCAUAAACACAUGUAAAGUAGAAUUAUUAAAAACUCAAAAUAAUUGUAAUUUUUCAUAGAUAUUGUAAUGGGAUAACCAUUGUCAUUCUAGCACUUCCUGAUUGUUUUACUCAAUAAUACAAAAGUUUUUUUUGUUUCA